AUGCCCGCAGAGGUGGUGACCAGAUUAUUGAAUGUGUUGGAGGCAUUGGCGCCUAAUAAUGGUGGAAUUCCAGGUCCUCAGGCCACUUCACAAGCACAAGCUCAAGUUCAGUUGAAUGUUGCAGCUAAUCAAACACCUCAGUUGGCCCCUCAACAGUUUGUCCAGUCUGCAGGGCAAUCUAAGGAGUUUAAGAAUUUCAUGGGUCUUAAGCCACCAGAGGUUGAUGCUUCACCUACUUCUAUUGAUCCUCAGAAGUUCAUUGAUCGUUGUGAAAAGAUAUUGACUACGUUGGGGCUGAAGGAGACUCGUGGUGUGGAAUUUGCCACUUUCUUAUUCUCAGGGUCUGCAGAGUCUUGGUGGAUUUCGAUUCAGAGAGGUAGACAAGCAGGGUUACCACCUAUUACUUGGUCAGAACUUUUAGCACUGUUUAAGGACAGGUUUAUUCCAUUAAGCAAGCAAGAUGACAUGAGACGUCAGUUCAAUAAUCUGCGGCAGGGAACUAUGACCGUUACAGAAUAUGAGGCCAAGUUUAUAGAUUUAUCCAGGUAUGUACCUUAUUUGGUAGAGGAUCCGAGAGAGAAGGUGAGACGAUUUGUGGAUGGACUUGAGCAUCGCUAUCGUGGUCCUGUGGUACGAGAUGUGCGAUAUGGUACCUAUUCAGAUGUAGUUGACACUGCUCUCCGUUACGAGUCUUAUCUAGAGAUGGACAAAGUUGAGCGUGAAAGAAAAAAGCCACGUAACACAUGUGGGUUUAGUGGUGUUCCAUCUGGGGGCAAGAGUGGUUUUUAUCGUGGGCAGUCCAGAUCUACUCAGUCAGAAUCAGUGGUGCAGUCUUCUGGUGGUUAUUCCGCUAGACAGGGCCAGCAGCAGAUGCAGCGGAAGGGUAAUAGCUCAUAUCAGUCAGGUUAUCAUCCGAGGUGUUCUAACUGUGGUAGAAAUCACAGUGGUCGUUGCUUUGGGGCAGAUGGGGCUUGUUUUACUUGUCGUGAAAGGGGGCAUAUUGCUAAAUACUGUCCUAAAGGAAAUUCUGGUGCUAGUCGAGCUACUACACAGCCGCAGGGAACUACUACAGCUACAUAGGGUCAGAUUCAGCCAGCUAGGACUGCUCCACAGGUUGCUCAGGGAGGGGGUGGACCGCCGAGAUUCUUUGCUAUGACCAGACAGGAUGUCGAGGCAUCUAAUGCAGUAGUCACAGGUAUUAUUACUAUUGGGUCUCAUGGUGCAUAUGCUCUUAUUGAUCCUGGUUCUACGUAUUCAUACUGUCGUUGAGAACGAGGCUGGUAAUUGAAGACUUCGUGAGUGGAUUCUGUUGCUGAGGUGAGCCACCGCAUUGUUCGUGGAGGCAGCCAUUUCAGCUUUAUCUAGUUUAUUUCUAGUUAUUUCUUUUAUUUUGGGUUUACAUGCCCAACACUCAAACUCAUGUAACUCUGUUAGAUGCUCCAU